AUGAGCGAUAGUAUCAUCACGUCAAACACUCCACGAAUUCUAAUAUUAAUAAUAAAACAUAGACUUAUACACCGAUUUGGGAAUUUAAACCGAUGGCACGAUGUGACUUUAGACCCAUUAAAAGCCUAUGAAAUAUCUCAGGAAAUGGGUCCUUAG